AUGAAGUGAAAACUUGGUCCAACAGGAUAACUGACAAAGCAGGAUAUUGAACAACAAUUUGACCACUGUUUCUGAAGAUGUUACAAAAGUAGACCAAAGUACAACUUCCAUGGCAAAAGAUGUCGGUCUCAAGAUUACAACUGUAAAAACAGAUAUACGACGUAUUUCAGGUUUAGUAACUGAUGUAACAUCAUUGACAGAUUCUGUUCAAGAACUAGAAAAUAAAAUAGAAGAAGUAGAAAAAAAUACAGUAAAAAACAUAGGUGAUCUUCUUUCAAGUAGCAUUGACCGAACAGCAAUGCUCCGAAAGACAGCAUCUGACAAUUCACAAAGAAUUAACUCUGUUAAGAAGAUACUUUCUGAGCUACAGAGUGAUUUCAGCAAGCACACAGAUAGAUUUUUAAGCUUAGAAAGUGACAGAGCUAAAGUUCUGAAGACAGUGACUUUUGCAAAUGAUCUAAAACCAAAGGUGUAUAAUCUAAAGAAGGACUUUUCCCACUUGGAACCCUUGGUAAAUGAUUUAACAGUACGCAUUGGGAGAUUGGUUACUGACUUACUACAAAGAGAGAAAGAAAUUGCUUUCUUAAAAGAGAAAAUAUCUAAUUUAACAAUAGUCCGAGCUGAGAUUAAGGAUAUGAAAGAUGAAAUAAAACACAUUUCAGAUAUGGAUUAGCUUGAAAUUAUUUAGAUUAGACUGAAGAAACUUUUUAAUAUGACCUCUGUCAUGUUAUAAAGACUGACAAGUCAGAAAUAAUGAAAUUUUGGAGUAAAUACUAUUUUGUAUUUGAUUCUAUUUUGUACAGUAAAAAUAAAAGUUUUUGAAGGACUGAGCACUGGAUUUUCCAAAAUAAAUAUGCUCAAAUGUA